UCAGGAGUUCUCAAAAGUCAAAACCCCAAGCAUCCGACGAAAAGAAAAUAAAAAACCCCAGUUGCAGAAAAAUGCCCAAGAGCAAGAACUCGUAUUCGAUUUCUGAUGAAAUUGAGUCGGCUCAGAGAUCAUCGAGCUCGGAAGAGGUCGAAGUCCCAGAAAAUAACGUGGCCCAGAAGAAGAAAAUUACCGAAUAUGAGAGGCAGAGAAUGAAGAGGAUUGAAGAGAACAGAGCAAGAAUGGAGGCCUUGGGUUUGAAGAAAAUGGCAAAUUCUUUUGUGGGUUCUCUUACGAAAUCAGCCAAGGAAAUGGUUGACAAAAAAGGUAAAAGAAAAAUGGAUGAUGAUGAUGAAGAGUACAGACCUUCUGAUGAAGGUGAAGAAGAAGCAUUGAGUUCUUCAAGUGAAGAUGAUGACACAAAUGUUGAUGACGAAGACUAUUCUGGGUCCAGUGCCAAGAGGAAGGCAAAGAACAGAAUUCAGAUGCCUAAGAAAAAUGUUACCCCUCAAAAGCCUGUGAAUGACUUGGAUUUUGUUGAUGAUAAUGACGCUCUAUUGCAGGCAAUUGCUCUUUCACUUCAAGAUUCUGCAGGGUUUUCCAAUAGGAGGACUGGGGCUUCUCAAAGCUCCACUGGCUAUCAUGUAAACGGUAGGACCAAUGAAGGAAAAGAAAAUAGCCACGUUCAGGAAGAUGCAGGAAAGAUAAAGAGAAAAAAAUCAAUGAACAGUCGGGUGCAAAUGACAGAAGAUGAACUGAUUCUACACUUCUUUCAGUUUGAUGAAGCGGGAAAAGGGGGCAUAACCCUGAGAGAUCUAAGGAGAGUAGCAGUUGCCCAUGAUUUUACAUGGUCUGACAAGGAGAUGGCAGAUAUGAUAAAGUGCUUUGACAUUGAUGGAGAUGGGAAGCUAAGUCUUGAUGAUUUUUGCAAGAUUGCUGGUCGAUGCAGCAUGAUACAGGCAUCCUAAAUUGCUGUGAUGGGUGUGAAUGGAAUGAUAAGCUUGGAACUUAUCUACUACUACUAGGAUGCUUUCUAUACUUGGAUGCAAGGCUAAAUGGUAGAAAUGCUCCAAAGUGAUUUUGUAGGGGUUUGAAACAUUAGGGCUUUUUAAAACAUGAAAGCAUAAUUUGCAAAUGGUUGUGCUGGACUGAUUUAAAGUUCCAAAGCUUCAGAGUAGCUAUAGCAAUUUAACCAAAUAUCUGUAAUUUAAAGCUAUAUCCUUUUCCAAUGCAGGAUCCUACCAUGUUAACAGUCUUAUUAACAAGAUUGUAAUUAAACUGUUGUUAGUGUUUAUCUGUGUUGAGCUGAUUGCUCCUUAUUCUCUA